AAUCCAAUCGUUAAUUUCCCCUCCAUAUUCAGCUUUUAUGCAGCUGUACUCCGCACAGCUCAUUUUUCAAAACUCUUUUAUUUCUACACAAAAGAACCCAAUAAACAUCACCACCCAACAAUCAAGAUUUGAACCAUUGACACCGCUUCUGUUUUCAUCUUCUUCCUUCACUGCCUAUUCUGCUGAAAUGUCAGCUCUUCUGGCUUUGCACUACUGUUGUUCCCACAAGGGUGAACGGAUGAAUCUCAGUUUCUCAAGCUCAAUAUCACAUCCAUUUGUAAAAUUUGAGAGGCAAAUAUGUACACUUCCUAUGGCUGAUAAAUCAUUCAGAUUUAAAGUGAAAAUGCGACAGACUGAGUCAUCCUCAAGAGUAGAUCCAGAUAGACAAGCUGUUAAAAUGGUACCUGUAAGUGAAGUGAGGAAGAGAAAAACUCCGUCCACCAACAAAGCAGAGAAGGUCAAUGGCGUAAACCAGGUGACUGAUGGUGUUAGUAUAAUUAGGCGAGCUCAUACUCUUGGACCGAUUAAGUCACCUAAUGGCAGAGGUAGAGCCCCUAUAGAACCUUCCCCAAUUGACGAGCUAAAGGUUCUACCCUCGGAUGAAGCCUUCAGUUGGGCCAAUGAGAAUUAUAGCAGCUGGCAGAGAAAUAUAGAUGUCUGGUCUUUUAUUAUUUCUUUGCGUAUCCGAAUUCUGUUAGACAAUGCAAAAUGGACAUACUUCGGAGGCUUCACAGAAGAUAAGCGGGUGAACUUUGGUUUCACCCUCAAAUAUUUCACAUCUGACAAAUGGAUACUCUAUUUCCAGACAAAUAGAAGGAAAAGAACUGCCUCAUGGCUUCGGGAGCGUUUAUUGCAACUUGGUCCUACUUUUAUCAAACUUGGACAGUUAUCCUCAGCUAGAUCAGAUAUAUUUCCACAAGAGUAUAUAGAUGAGCUUGCCAAAUUGCAGGAUAAGGUCCCUGCAUUCUCAGCAGAGAAAGCAAGACGCUUUGUUGAGACUGAACUGGGAGCUCCCAUUGAACAUAUAUUUAAGGAGUUUGAUGACUGGCCAAUUGCUGCAGCUAGUCUUGGUCAGGUGCAUCGAGCUACAUUGCAUGAUGGGGAGAAAGUUAUUGUGAAGGUUCAAAGACCUGGUCUUAAGAAGCUUUUUGACAUUGAUUUAGGAAAUUUGAAGCUAAUUGCAGAAUAUUUUCAGAACACCGAAACUUAUGGCGGUCCAACCAGAGACUGGAUUGGUAUAUAUGAAGGAUGUCGCAGGAUUCUUUAUGAAGAAAUUGAUUACAUAAAUGAAGGGAGAAAUGCAGAUAAACUUCGCCGAGACUUCAGGAAUAUUAAGUGGGUCAGAGUACCUAUGGUUUAUUGGAAUUAUACUGCUACAAAGGUUUUGACCAUGGAGUAUGUACCAGGUAUUAAGAUCAAUCAGUUGGAUGAGCUAGAUUCAAGAGGAUAUGAUCGAUCUCGAAUUUCAUCACGUGUUAUUGAAGCAUAUUUGAUUCAGUUAUUGAAAACUGGUUUCUUCCAUGCUGAUCCACAUCCUGGAAAUUUAGCCAUUGAUGUUGAUGAAGCACUUAUCUAUUACGAUUGUGGCUUGAUGGGGAAUCUCCAAAGUUCUACUCGUGCAAGAUUGAUUGAACUUUUCAAUGCAACAUAUGAGAAAGAUGUACAAAAGGUAAUCCAAUGCCUUAUAGAUCUUGAAGUACUUCAACCCAAAGGAGAUUUGUCACCGGUGAGAAGAUCUGUGCAAUUCUUCUUGGACAAUUUAUUGAACCAGAGGCCAGAUCAAGAGGCUACUAUUGCUGCAAUAGGAGAGGACUUAUUUGCAAUAGCUCAGGAUCAACUGUUUCGGAUCCCAUUCACCAUAGCCUUUAUUUUGAGGGCAUUUUCAACACUCGAAGGUGUAGGCUACAUGCUUAGUCCAGAUUUUUCCUUUGCAAAGAUUGCUGCACCCUACAUACAGGAGCUUUUAAGUAUUAGAGAAAGGCCACGAAGUGGGACACAGCUAGUGGAUGAACUAAGGAAACAAGCCGAUGAUGCCAGGUCUUACACCAUGUCCAUGCCAUAUAGAGUUCAACGGAUAGAGGAAUUCGUAAAACAACUUGAGUCGGGAGAUUUAAAACUGCGUGUCCGAGUGAUGGAGUCAGAGAGAGCAGCACAUAAAGCAACCAUCAUGCAAAAGGCGACCAUAUAUGCAGUACUAGGUGGCACACUGCUAAACCUCGGGUUCACCAUUGCCUAUCAAGGCAGCCGAGUUAUCGCAAAUGGAUCAUUCAUUGGAGCAGGAGUUUGCUUGAUACUGUUUCUUAGGUCAAUGCAGAUGGUGAAAAAGCUAGACAAAUUUGAGAAGAUGAUAUGAUUCUUUUUCCAAGAAGGCUAGAUAUCUUUUUGCAUUUAUGGUGAAUCUUGAUCUCUCUUUUUGAGUGAUUUACUUGUCUUUUUCUCGCCAAAGAAAAUUUUGUAAUUCUUUUUCCACAAGUAUUAGAGGUAAAUUCAUUCUUUCAGUUUCAGCGCAGCUAGUGAUUGUAGUAUAAAAUUCAGAGUAUGAA